AAGAGGAGGCAAUGGAACUCACUGAAGAGCAAAGAAAACAAGUGGAAGCGAACCGUGCAGCAGCGAUCGCAAAACGAAAAGCAUUCUUAGAAUCUCAACCUCAAACAGAAAGAGGAGAAGGAGGUCCCUGGCACCUUUUCAAAUGCCAGAAGUUCUCGCACCACACCGAACCCAAACCCAAACCCGAACCACACAAGUUCCUCGCCAGGCUCGAAAUAUGCUCCCCCGAUUCAUUCUCCAUCACCCCACUCCCUCUCCGCAAUUUCCCCUUCCCUGGCGAACACAAUUGCUUCGCCACCCUAAACGACACUCUCUCACACGUGAUUCCUUCUCACUACACGCAGAUCAGCGGUGGCGGACAGGCCUCCGUGUACAAGCUGGCCGAUUACUGCGCCGUCGUGAAGCGGUUGAAAUGCGUGGCGGCGGGGGAGAUGAUGCAGGUGGAGGAGAUUCCGUGGGCGACGUUCAGUGUGGUGGAGAGGCUGUCGCAUUCGUUCGUCGCCGGACGGUGGGAACCGGUGAGGCCGGAACACUUGAGUGAGGAGAAGGUUGAUGAGUUGAUUGAGAAGCUGCCAAAGACUCUGUUGGAUGCGUUGCUGCCUUUCCAAAUGGAUGGAUUGAAGUUUGCCUUGAGAAGAGGUGCUCGUUGUCUCAUUGCUGAUGAUAUGGGCCUUGGGAAAACACUCCAGGCUAUUGCUAUUGCGGGAUGUUUCAUGGAUGAAGGUUCCAUACUUGUUGUUUGCCCUGCUGUUUUGCGUUUUUCUUGGGCGGAAGAGUUGGAGCGUUGGCUUCCUUUUUGUUUGCCUGCUGAUAUCCAUCUGGUCUUUGGCCGUCAUGACAAUCCUAUAUAUUUAAAGAGAUGCCCUAGGGUUGUGGUUAUCUCUUAUACCAUGCUCCAUCGUCUAAGGAAGAGCAUGCUUGAGCAUCAGUGGGCUCUCCUGAUUGUUGAUGAAUCUCAUCAUGUACGAUGUACAAAGAAAACCUCAGAACCAGGAGAGGUAAAGGCUGUCCUUGAUGUGGCUUCGAAGGUCAAGCAUAUAAUUCUGUUAUCAGGGACACCUUCUUUGUCAAGACCGUAUGACAUAUUUCAUCAGAUAAAUAUGUUAUGGCCUGGUUUGCUUGGGAAGACUAAAUACGAGUUUGCAAAAACUUAUUGUGAUUUCAAAUAUAUGAAGGGCAUCCAAGGAAAAUAUUUUGCGGAUUAUUCAAAGGGCAUUCGCUUAGAGGAGUUGAACGUGUUAUUAAAGCAAACUGUUAUGAUAAGGCGUAUGAAGGAACAUGUGUUGCUACAGUUACCUCCAAAACGCCGGCAAAUUAUAAAUUUGCUGUUGAAGAGAUCUGAUAUAGUUGCUGCCAAAACUGCAGUUGGUGUAUUGAAGAUUGAUGCCUCUGAAAGUGAAAGUGAUGACACGCCUUUGGAAAAUUUGGAUGAAUCUGAAGGAAAGCUUUCUUAUCAGGAACUUGGAGUUGCAAAGCUUUCUGGGUUUCGUGAAUGGCUUUCCCUCCAUCCACUCAUUGCAGGAUCAGAGAAUGCUUCAAAGAUGAUAAUUUUUGCUCAUCACCACAAAGUUCUUGACGGAGUACAGGAGUUUAUAUGCGAGAAAGGGAUAAGUUUUAUUCGAAUCGAUGGAAAUACUCUUGCCAAAGACAGGCAAUCAGCAGUAGUCUCAUUUCGAUCAUCACCAGAGGUUAAAAUUGCGAUCAUAGGUAUUCUAGCAGCUGGUUUUGGACUUGAUUUCUCGACAGCACAAGAUGUUGUGUUCUUGGAGCUACCUCAGUGCCCUUCUCUGAUGCUUCAGGCUGAGGAUAGAGCUCACCGACGGGGGCAAACAAAUGCAGUUAAUGUAUACAUUUUCUGUGCAAAGGAUACUUUGGAUGAAUCGCAUUGGAAAAAUUUGAACAAAAGUUUGCACCGUGUUUCAUGUACAACAGAUGGCAAAUAUGAUGCAAAGAAAGAGAUAGAGGUUCCUUUUGGGGAUGUUGGGUGGCAGGUUGAAGGUGUUUCUUAUUUAGACACAUCUUUAAAAACUGAUAGUUGUGAAGAGGAAUCUGAAUGCAAAGAUGCAUCAAGUGAAACACAAUUGGAUAAGCAACCUUCUGCAGUAAAUUUGAAUGAAUCAGAAGCAAAUGAAGAUGAUAAUUCUGAUGAGCUAACUUUUGUCAAUAACUCAAUUCAUAGUGUUAAUAUUAUGGUUGAUAAUGUUUCCUGUCGAGGUCUAGGCAAGGCUUUGAUUUUGGAUAGAAAUCUUGAUGUAGAUGUUUUUGAUGCUGAGGAGAGAUGUUCUGAAAAGAGUUUCGAAGACAGAGAUCAAUUGCAGGAUAAGAAAUCAAUUUCAACAACAGAAGCAGAUGAGAAAGAGCCAGUUAAUCCGGUUGAAUCUGAGGAACAUUGCUCUAACAUUGAUCUAGGCAAGGCUUUGGUUUUGGAUGAAAAUCUUGAUGUUUAUGUUUAUGAUGCCGAGAAGAGAUGUUCUGAAAAGAAUUUUAAAGUCAGAGAUCAAGUAACAGAGUUGCAGGAUAAGGAAUCAAUUUCAACAACAGAAGCAGAUAAGAAAGAGCUUGUUCAUCUGGUUGAAGCUGAUGAACAUUGCUCUAAUCAAGUUGGUUCUCUGCGAUUUGAGGUGAGCCCAUACACUGGAAGGAUCCACUUGUACACUUGCAUUUUGGGUACAGAUACAAGACCACAGCCACUUCAUAAAAAUUUCCGACCAGAGGAACUCGAGUUGCUGAGUUCUGUUGCUGAUGAUGAGAAAAGAAAGAUAGAGUUUGUAUCUAUCAAGGACAACCCGGCUUAUAGGCAUGCUCUUCUGGAUUUUGCAAAUGAGUGGAAGAAUUUGAGGUCAAUUGAACGGAAGAAGUUACUUGGAAAACCAUUACAACUUCCUUUGGCUGUUGAGUUAUGCUACUUGAAUGAAAGCAAUAAUCACAACAACAGGGGAUUAUUAAAUGGUGGAAGUAAACGACGGAUGACACCUUUAACAGAGGUUAGCUAUCCUUUACCAUCAGAUGCUGUCUGGAGAAAGGUUUAUCUGCGAAGUGGCCUCGGUAAGAAGGAAAAAGAAUACACUCAAGGCUGGAGCCUGACAGAUGAGCCACUCUGUAAGCUUUGUCAAAAGCAGUGCAUGGGUAACAAUGCCAAGACACCUGAAUUUUUUGAAGAUCUUUUUUGUAAUCUCAUCUGCUUCGAAGAGUAUCGCAUGAGAACUAGCAACAGAUUCCUCCGUCAGGAACUUUUCCAAAUUGAACAAGGUGUGUGCACAAAUUGCCAAUUGAACUGUCAUAAGCUUGUUGAGCAUAUAAGACCUUUGUCACUGGAAAGACGACGAGAGUACAUUGAGAAAGUAGCACCAAAAGUUGCAAAGCGCAAGAACAUGCUUGAGAAGCUUGUCAAUGAUCCAACUGAAGGCAAUGCAUGGCAUGCUGAUCAUAUUGUUCCAGUAUAUCAAGGCGGAGGUGAAUGCAAACUGGAGAAUAUGAGGACUCUGUGUGUAGCCUGCCAUUAUGAUGUUACUGCUGCACAGAGUUCUGAACGACGCAUAGCAAGAGCAAAUGCCAGGAAACAACUGAAAUUAUUAAUGAAUAGCAUGAAAAAUGAUCUGAAGGAUGCUCUUGGCUCUAAGGACCAUAGGCUUCUCGAGGUACGAGGUAGUAGUAUACUUGAGGAUGAGCUUUUAGUCAAGGUUCCUGGAAGUGCAUAUUCAGUAACUAACAGCUAAGAAAGUGGAGAUGUAGCCUGGAAAAGGUCUAAGGAGUAUUUUGCAAAAACGUCUAUGUGUCCAUCCUUAUAUUAUUGCUAUAGCACUGUACAUUCUUUGACUGCACAGCCUACCAAUCAGGUUCUUUUAGGAAAUUCUUUUUGAGUAGUUAUUUGUGGUGUCGUGUCUAGUAGAAAAGCAAGCAGCAGUCAACAUGUGGACUUGGAAAAAGCCAUUAAGCCUAAGAUUAAAAUAAUCUUGGCAGUGUAGUUGCAAUGAUAUGUUUUUGAGCCAUUGUAUUUGUAGCUUAUGUUAUAUUUGUAUAUAUGUUAGAGCAAUGAUAGUUGAUUUGGCUACAUGACCGAAUUGUGUUUUUGUCACGAU